AUGGCAAUGGAGAAGGUUUUCCGUUAUCCAGACGCAAAGGUGAUCAACUUUGGCACAUGGUUCAUCUUCAGCUUCCCCAUCGCCAUCAUCAUGCUGGUUCUCACCUGGCUGUGGCUGCACUUCCUUUUCCUCGGCUGCAAGAAAGGCUACAGGACUGAUGCAACGGUGUCUGUUCUUCUGGGCUUCCUCCUCUUCCUCAUCCCUGCCAGGCGGCCCUUCUCUUCCUCCUCUUGCUGUAAAAACUCAGAUGAUGAUUCAGAGUCUGACCCACUGGCUCCCAUGAUCACCUGGAAGGACUUCCAGAGACUCAUGCCGUGGGAGAUCGUCAUCCUGGUUGGUGGAGGCUAUGCACUGGCAGCGGGCUGCAAGGUGUCCGGCCUGUCAGUGUGGAUUGGCAGACAGCUGGAGCCCAUGAGUGGUCUUCCUCCCUGGGCGGUCACCCUGCUAGCCUGCCUGCUGGUUUCUGCGGUCACCGAGUUCGCCUCCAACCCAGCAACUCUCACCGUCUUCCUGCCCAUCCUGUCUGCGCUGGUACGACAUAUUCUCUUUCAUAUCGCAACACCUGUUCCUCAUUAAUGAUCAUAAAAAUGUCAUAAAUCAUUAAAAACACUCACAUAAAUGACCUGGAGGAUAUUGAGUCUAACAGGUCUGCACUAAUGUGCUGCUUGAAAAUACUUUUUCAUUUUUAAACCGUGCUAAUUACUUCUGAUGUGGGCCACGAAUUUGAAUAAUCUUUACCAGGUGGUCUAAAUAGUACUGGUUACAUAACCGUUACAUAAGUGCGUGCGUGUAACAGUGCAAACAAUGUAAAGCUUGAGGUAAGUGGCACUGAUUGUGAGGCCGGGUUCUCUUUUUAUAUACAUAUAAAACAACCUGUGUUAUUUAUACUCUUAUACUAUACUGGGAUAGC